AUGUCCGAUGAUGAGAACAACCAGCCCCGCAAACGUGGCCGCCCGCCAGGAAAAAAUAGGCCAGCAUUGACUGAGGAUCAGAAACGCGCGCGCAAUGCACAGCUGGAGCGGGUGCGACGCGGCGAAAUAGCGGAUGAAACGUCGAAUCUCGCCACGGAGAUGCGCGCCAAGCCCAAAAUAAAGCUUGCAGAGUUGCUAGCGGAAAACCUCACGCAUUUAAUAAGUGAGCAGUCGAAAGAAUCCGUCGAGGAGUUGGAAGCUACGAACCAAGCUCUGCGAAACGAGAUCCAGAAACUGAAACGCAUCAAGGCUGAGUUGGACGCGGCAAGGGCUGCAGACCAGGGCACGCAGGAACCAUCACCCAGUGGUGUCGGCACUUCCGAGCUGCUUGACGCGGCUUCUUCGGACUUAGAGUCACCUUCACGGACGAGAUUAUCAUCAGAGCAGCAGCCGGAUGACGAGAAACCUCCACCGCUCCUACCUCCGACUCCAGCGCCAACCGCUCGCUCGUCAUCCGAGACGGAGCCAGAGACCAGCCCGCCACACCUGCAACCCACCGAUCGCGCUGAAGAAUGUGCUGGCUCUGUGCUGUCGCCGGAAGUGCUUCGGGAUAUAGGGGAACAACUAGGUGUAGAUCUCGUUCGUCAGUUUCAGUUGGAGCCUUGGCCACCAGACGAUGACUUCUUUGUGCCGCCGUAA